CAUCAUCAUGCCCCCAAGUGGUAAAGCCGUAAAGAAAGCAGGCAAGGCCAGGCCCGCCGGAGACAAGAAGCGCGGAAGGAGGAGAAAGAGAAGGGAAACCUUCGGCGUCUACAUCUACAAGGUGCUGAAACAGGUGCACCCCGACACAGGCGUCUCCAGCAAGGCAAUGGGCAUCAUGAAUUCUUUCGUCAACGACAUUUUUGAGCGCAUCGCCGCCGAGGCUUCUCGUCUGGCUAACUACAACAAGCGCUCCACUAUCAGCAGCCGGGAGAUCCAGACCGCCGUGCGACUCCUGCUGCCGGGCGAGCUAGCCAAGCACGCCGUCAGCGAGGGCACCAAGGCCGUCACCAAGUACACAAGUUCCAAGUGAAUCUACCGACAGAGCUAGAGUUAACCCCGGCCUUUUUCAAGGCCAC